UUAACCUUUGACAUUUGUCCUCGAGGUUUGGAUUGGGCUGAUACUUAUCAGUUCUCUAUUACUCGAGAAGGCCUCUCGAAUAUAACGAUGACUGACCCAAUCAGAGUCGUUCGUCCGCCAAGGAUUGCAAGAAAAACUGAGAGCCAGCCAUGGCAUACAUACUUUACUGUCGACGUAUUGUACGCUGCCGCUAGGAAGACAAUUCUACACCCCUUUGUUGCUUGGAUAAUACCACUCUGCUUGAGGGCCGUCACCGUUCCGUACGACGACAUUUCCAUGCAACUCUCCAUUGGCUAUGCUUGCUUGCUCACCUUGCUGUGGGUGCUGUCCGUGCUCAACAAUCGCAUUGCCUAUGGUAUACCAAGAGAAGUCGACUAUGACGAAGAGGUAAUCAUUAUCACUGGUGGUGCAAGCGGCCUUGGCCGCUUGAUUGCCGAUUUCUAUGUAAUGCGAGGUGCAUCUGUUGCAGUGCUGGAUUUGAAGCAAGCUGAUGAUGAUGAAUUUAUGGGCAUCCGAUACUACCAAUGUGACAUCGGCGACAAAAAACAGGUUGAUGAAGCUAUCACAAAAAUCAAAACCGAUCUAGGAACGCCGACUAUUUUGGUCAACAAUGCAGGUGUCAUGCACAGCAAGUCGAUACUUGACCUUGAUCCAGAGGAAAUCGAGCUUACUCUCCGUGUGAAUCUGUUGUCUCACUGGCACACAGUCAAGGCAUGUUUACCGGGCAUGCUCGAAGAAGAGCGUGGAACUAUCGUGACUGUUGCCAGCGUAUUGGGAUAUCUAGGCUGCCCUAAUCUCUCUGCAUAUACCGCGACCAAGGCCGGUCUACUGGCCUUUCAUCAGUCUUUGACAGCCGAGCUCUCGCAAACGCCAGAGAUCAAGACGAUCCUCGUAGCGCCUGGACAGCUCGACACGCCUAUGUUCAAGGGAAUGAACACUCCAUCGAACUUCCUAGCCCCCGUAGUCGCCCCAGUGGAGUUGGCAAAAGAGAUUGUAAACAUGAUCGACUCCGGCUGGAGCGGCGAGAUAUGUCUCCCACUUUACACACGAGUCACACCGCUCAUUCCGGCGUUGCCCGCGGCCAUUCAAAAAAUUCUGAAAGCAUUGAGCGGAAUGGAUAAGGCUAUCUUAGAUUUCACGGCCGCCAGGAAGAAAGAGUCCUAAGCACGGUUGAGCGAACAACCGAAUUGAUACCCAACGCUACAAGCUUCACUGUGUACAAUUGUACCCCCAGCAUCAUGGUCUAUAGACAAUCACUUCCAAUCCAUUCGUAUACGGCGCUGUCAAGUUCCGGAACGGCCCGUUCGGGUCACGAACGUAAGACAGAAACUCCUUGUACCCUGCAGCGGCGGAGAUGGUGUUGUCUGCCACGAUCACGGUGCCUGGCCGCAUAUGGCUUUGCACUAGCUUCAAAGUAGGCAAUGCGAGGGGCGUCCAGACUGGUUGAAAAUCCCAUUAGCUAGAAUCUCUCGCUCUGGCGCAUCACGUACUGUCAAGCAGCAGCAGGUCAACCUGCUCGAGGUUCUCCUUAAGCGUCUCCAACAAAUUGCCCUCCCGCAGCUCAAUGUGCCUCUCCACGUCUUCCCCAGCCUCUCUCCAAUGCUGCCGUGCCUUUGCGGCCUUCGUUGCCUCAAGCUCCGUCGCAAUCACCUUCCCGUUCUGCGCGUCGUUCUCCG